UCUGGCGUCAUUCAUUACGGUCCACCAUUAAUUUAAAAUAACGAGAUUAUAUCCAGUAUGACGUCCAGGAUGGAACAUUAAACAAGUGUUUUUCAACAGCUCAUUACAUUGUCUCAGUGGUCGAACAGCUGAAGUUUGGUGCCGAGCAAAUAUAAAGUUGGGUAUAGAGCUACUAAUUUUAGCCGAGUGAGGUCUAUAUAUGAUAUGGAAUAUGAACUUUGUUGCUAAACGUGAAGCCAAAGAUGGCGGAAACUAAAUGAGAUAUUGGAGGACAUCCCAGUCGUCUUUAAUUAGGCUUGCAGCAAUAGAAAUACGACACCAAAGACAGUGAAAUGUUAUCCUGCACGUGUGUGCGUGCGGUAAUGAAUAAAUUUAUAAACACAAAGCUGGUUCACUGACUUCGCUCAGUGUUUGAAAGCAAUAUCAUGAGGACAAUACACAAUAUUGUUGCGAUUUUUUCGCUGGUAAUUACAUGUGUACAGGCGAGAUCAGAACUAGGGCCAAUGGUCACAGACAAGGUUUUUCUUGAUGUAACGAUUGGUGGUGAAAAAGCUGGUCGUAUUGUAAUUGGUUUAUUUGGUGAAGUAGUUCCAAAAACAGUUAGAAAUUUCGUGGCACUAGCAACUCAUGAGAAAGGCUUUGGUUUUAAAGACAGUAUUUUUCAUCGAGUGGUUAAGAAUUUUCUUAUUCAAGGCGGAGAUAUUCUGCGAGGAGAUGGAAGAGGACGUAUAAGUGCUUAUGGCGAAAUAUUUGAUGACGAAAAUUUUAAACUUCAUCAUUAUGGCGCUGGUUGGAUCAACAUGGCAAAUUUUGGAAAGGAUUCAAAUGGUUCAAUGUUUGCCAUAUUUACAGUGAACACACCAUGGUUGAAUGGCCGCCAUGUUGUCUUUGGGAUUGUUCUUGAAGGAAUGGACGUGGUAAAAAAAGUGGAAAACAUAGAUGUUGGCUUUGAGGACAAACCAAAAACAGAAUGUAAAAUCGCAGACAGUGGUGUCCUCCCCCUGGACAAACCAUUUCGUGUAGAAAAAAAACCAGUGAAAUUUUGAGAUGGAAUGAGAAUUGCCUGGCUUUGUUUCUGAUUCUAGUUUGUUCGUUCUUCUUUCCAAUGACAAUUUAUUUUAAAUUAAUAUCUAGCUUCAAAUUAAUAUUAGUAUCUGAGCUUUGAAGCAUUCUUUACGUCAACUGAUAGGCUACCUCAGUUACAUAAAUAAAUUAUUUUAAAUUACCAACAGGGCAAAACCAUUUGAUUUUGUGAAAUGCCUCCCUGGCCUAUACCAUCUGGUUGUUUUAACGGCAAACAUCUGUCUGGAUAAUCCUUAAAUAAAACAUGCUAGGCAGCUUAACAUAUCACGUUGCAUAAAGUGAAAAUUCCUUAUACAAAAUGCAAUGAGUAUGCAACAGUCUCGAUGAAACCACAAGCCUCUGGUUAUAAUUUGACGAACACAUUUGUUUGUCAAACAUUUAACUCGGCUACGCCUCGUGAAAUAUCCAUCGGUCUCGGGUCCACAAAACAUGUUUCCUUCGGUCGCGGUAAAUAGUAUUAAUUAAGUAGGCGUGUUGAUUUAAUUGGUUAGCUAUUUUUUAGACAUUGAAUCUUUUUGUCGCAUUAGGUCGCGAAAAAAGAUUCGUCAACACUGUUUGCCAAAGCUGCAUGAUUAGGGCAAUUCUAAAAUUCUAAUGGUUGCAAAUUAAGUAAUUCAAUAAAUUAUUCAAUU